AUGGCUGCCGCAAACAUCAUCUCCGUGAUUGGAACCGGGAUCACCCUGCUCUCCUUUCUCCUCGACAACGUCCCAUCUGGCUCGGAUCAGACUAAGCUCAGCUAUAUCAUCGCCAACGAUGGCGGCGGGGGCGAUCUGAGCGAUGCUGGUGGCAAUCUCCCCGAUGUUCGUCUGUGGGACGAGACUGCCGAGUUUCUCGGUGCCAACUACGAUGGCAAUCAUUGCGACGAGGGCGUCACAACAUGCACCACAGAUGUCAACACUCAAGAGGCCGCAACUUACACUCUUUUCUCGGGCAAUAAUGACGCCAUCUGUAUUGCCUGGACCGGCCUAUCAUGGCCUGGUGGUCAGAAGAAGUACGGUUUCCAUCCGGGGAACUGGGCUCAUGCAUGUGACCAAACUCCGCAUAACAACGGAUAUUGGUACUACGCCGGCACACAAGUGCCGGGCAUCAACUACCAAGACGAUGUUUUCUGCGCCUGGGUAGACAAGGAUGGAGACAUACCAACCACGGGCUUCCAAGUCCACUGGCCAGAGUUUGAUGGCGACAACUCGCCGACGCAAAGCCUGGACUACUAUUGCAGAGAAAAACCACCAGUUUGGUUCCACACCGAAAGCGACCCGGGCUCCAUUUGGCACUGGACCCGGAAGCGGGACCUCUUCUCGCGCAACCCGUCCAUCAAUAUGUCGCCUGCUGAGGGGCUCCAGACCGAGAAAAGAAGACAAGAGACUAGACGGGCUCAGGGAGAACGUCUGGCCAGGCGUUUUGAGAUGGACCCCCGCAUCGUCAAAAGCUACUGGGCAAAGCAUUCCGCCACCGAGCUCUGCAACCCUGAGAUGCACGCGGCCGGACAGAGUUUUGUCUCUUACGAGGAGAAAAAGUUUUGCCACAUGCCUACAAAAACGAUCUAUUCGUUCUGCGAAGCUACCGAAAAUGGGGCCUGCUGGUCUGAUGCCGACAACAGAGUUGUUGUCCGAGAUUCUAGCACAGCGAGGCUUCCUGUGCCCGAUUUGAGUCACAUCUCUCAGACGAUCGUCUGGGGACCGGAGUGA